UCUCUAUUUGUUGUGUAAUUACCAUAUUGGUCAGUAUACUGUUUUCAAGUUCAAUACCUAAAAAUGAACACAAAAGGAAUAUAUUGUCGUGGCGAUAAAAUUGUAAUUAAAAGUAACCGAACAAAUAUUUUUUUAGUCAUAUCUGUGUUUUAAAAAGGCAUGUGAAAGUGGUCAGAUAAUAUCAGUAAAAAGGUAACAGUAAUAUUACAUUUUGAAUUUAGCUUUAAUUGUUGUCUGCAUAUUCUGCAUGUGGUAUUAAUACAAUUUAACCUAGAUAUCACUUUAACGAAAGAUCACAAGUUCAAAAAUAACUCGCCCUGUACAAUGGGGAAAAUGUCAGCAAAUCGUUGCUGCUCACUUUAAAGCGCUUAUUGUCAUGGUAAAACUAAGAUGUCGGUAGAUUUUAAAAACAGAUUGCAAAAACCGUCCCAACGGUUAGGAUAAACAGCGGUAUCGAAAACUGCCGCAUGAAUUUAAGGAUAUUCGCAAACAAUACCAGCAGAUUCGCUUCAUUUGUAAUCUCUUGGAAACCCCACUAAAUGACCGUAUACUUAAUCCUCAUAGAACUAAUUUAUUUUUCCAUUUAUUCAUAGUCAGGAUAUUAUAUUUCAUUUUCGAAUGUCGAUUAAAAAAUGAUUUUCAAACACCGAAUCGAGAUUUACAGAUCACGAUAGCCUAUUGGUUGUUUACGGAAGAUGGCGUCGUUAGUGAUGUGCUGUUGGGUUUGUGAGAAGUCGCUGGGUACCGUACGGAGAUGUGGCAGAUGCAAAAAAGUAUAUUACUGCUCACAAGAAUGUCAGCUGAAGCACUGGCCGCUUCAUAAAGAACUUUGCUGGAAUUCCAAGAUGUUGACAGAGGAUGUGGAUUGUUUUGUAAGCCACAGUGCAGAAACACAGUUAACCAUGCCUGCUCCACUUUCUGAACAAGACAACAUUAUGGGACUGAAUAUGCUAGACCAUGCUGUUACAGUCAAAGUGAAGCACAAUAAGUCUAAACACACAAUGGUUAUCUCUGAGGGGACCAAUGGGGAGGAGUGCUUCAGUCUGAUUUCCAGCCGUCUACAAAUUCCCCAGGAGAAGAUGAGACUUAUAAGCAAAGGAAAAGUAAUUCACAAAGACAACAUCCUGAACUUUUUAAAGGAAAACGCUCUGUUUCAGGCCUUUGGAGAGCAGGCAGAGUGUGAGGAUGGCUUGGAUCAGAGAGACAUCGAAGUCCUUAUGUCUCAGCUCUCUGUGGAGCGCAACAUAGCUGUCCGAGCACUUCAUAAAACUGGAGAUCUCAUUGAUGCCAUCUUCUACAUCUCGGACAGUAUGUAGAAGGUAGCCACCUUAAUGGGAUGAUGGCAGCAUCCCAAAUUUCAGGCUUCUUUGGAUUAGGUAUAGGGCUCCAAGGCAUUUGUUAGGAUUUGUAAAGAAAUUGAACUGUUUUUUUUUUACACAUAACUAAUUUAUUAUACACAUUUCAGGUUUUGUUCAUGAGCAAAAUGUGUUUUUUGCUGUCAUUUUGUUAAAAAGAAGUUGUGUAUUUUUUACCAAAUCCCAUAUGUAAAUUAAACCUGAAGAAUACCUGCAUGCACAGUAUAAAAGAUAAGUUGUACUGUUGUUAAUGAAAGCUGACUUUAGCCAAGUAAACCAGAGAAUGUUACUACUGUAACAUUAAAACGAUUUAGCCCAAUGUUUAGAGUUGGGCAGGAAUCUUUGAUCGUAAUAAAAACAGUACAGUACUUUAACAGCAGUUUAACGAAGAGUUGAAAAUUAGUAAUUGAAAAAAGUUAAGUGGUAUGCAAUUGUGAAAUUUUAUGCAAUGUUUAAAUGUGUAUAAACUUGUGCAGUGUAUUUUGAAGUUUUCAUUUCUAUGUGUAUUCGUUUUUGUAAAUUACUUUAUACAAGCACAUUUCUUAAAUCUAAAUCAUAUGAUUUUAAUUUCUUUUAGACUUUUUAAAUUACAUUGGAGAUGUUGACAGUUGUACACAGGUGUGAGAUACAAUAUUUUAGGAGCAGAACUCCUAAAAUAAAAACUCAACAUGCACCUUGGA